AUGGCUGCAUGCCUUGUUACACAUCCCUUGGACUUGGCCAAGGUAAGAUUGCAAACUGCAUCGAAAAGAGGUCAGUCUCUCAUUUCUAUGGCAGUUUCUAUCGUCAAAAACGAAGGUGUCUUGAAGCUCUACUCCGGAUUAACUGCGUCUUUACUCAGGCAAGCCACAUAUUCUACGGUGAGAUUUGGUGUAUACGAAUAUCUUAAAGAGGAAUAUCAAAGCCGAUAUAAACUCAUGCCCACUACGGCAGCCUUGUUACCGAUGUCAAUGAUAUCAGGUGCUUUGGGUGGGCUAGUCGGAAAUCCAUCGGAUGUUGUUAACAUUAGGAUGCAGAACGACUCCACUCUUCCUGUCAGCGAAAGGCGGAAUUACAAAAAUGCAUUUGACGGUAUCAUCAGAAUAGGAAGGCACGAGGGUAUUUUGUCUCUUUUCCGAGGCCUAACCCCAAAUCUAGUAAGAGGUGUCCUUAUGACAGCAUCCCAGGUGGUUACCUAUGAUAUUGCCAAAGGCCUUUUGGUCGAUGUUUUUUCGUUGGAUGGCCUGAAAAAGUCGACACAUUUUAGUGCUUCAUUGAUGGCAGGCUUGGUGGCAACAACGGUGUGUUCUCCUGCGGAUGUGGUCAAAACUAGAAUCAUGAAUGCAAGAGGAUCCAAUGCUGGAGCGUUGAGCAUUUUGAUGAAAGCCGUAAGGACGGAAGGUCCCGGAUUCAUGUUUAGAGGCUGGCUCCCCUCCUUCAUCAGGCUAGGUCCGCACACGAUUUGCACCUUCUUGGUUUUAGAGCAGCUUCGAAAGUUUCGAGUUGGUAUGAACUCCUAA